GGGGGGGAAACGAUUGUGGUCGGACAUGGCGCCGCUCGCCGCCGCCGCCGCCUCCUCCUCCUCCUGUUGAGAGGAGCCGACAGCGACUCGGAGCAGAGCGGCGAGUCACAUCACCGGUGAAGUGGCCGGGAGUCCGCGGCCGGUGUGGGGGUGUGAGGGGGUGAUGGCGCAGUGUGUGCAGAGUGUGCAGGAGUUCCUCCAGGACACCUUCGUGCCCACCGUGGCCGCGCUGUGCAGCCCCGAGGCCGAGGCGGCGACCAGGAAAAACAACCUGAGCUUCGCCGAGCUGGUCAGGCCUUUCUGCCGCCUGACGUCCGAAGUUCACAUGCGGGAUCCUAACAAUCAGCUCCAUGUAAUUAAAAACCUGAAGAUCAGCGUUACCGGUAUUGUUACACAGUCACCACAACAGGCAGCCAUUCGAAAGCUGUUGAAUGAUGUGGUUUCUGCUAGUCAGCCUGCAGAAGGAUUGGUUGCUAAUGUGAUUACAGCAGGAGAUUAUGAUCUGAAUAUCAGCGAUCGCUCAGUUAAAGCUAGUGUCCCCUGGUACAGUAAUUGGAAAGAGACUUUGACGCAGCUGAGUUCGUCCAAGUUCCAUUCAGCCACUACCCCCUGGUUUGAGGCCUACAGGGAAUGCUUCUUCCAGUCCAUGCCAGCAUCAGACCACGAAUUUCUACACCACUAUUUGGCAUGCAUGCUUGUUGUGUCAUCAAAGGAGCUUGAUCCUGUGGAGCAAUUCUUGAAGCUAUCUCAAGAGCAGCAUCGUAUUCAGCACAACAGUGACUACUCUUACCCAAAGUGGUUUAUUCCAAAUACACUGAAAUACUAUGUUUUGCUGCAUGAUGUUAGUGAAGGUGAUGAGCAGAGAGCUGAAUCUACUUAUGAGGAAAUUAAACAGCGAUACGGGUCCCAGGGCUGCUAUCUGCUGAAGUUUAACUCUCGCACACCACUAGGUGGAUCGGAUGAGCAAAUCCCAGACCCUUGGAGUCAGUACUUGAAUAGAAGUAACUUGCAGAGCCAGGAGAUCUGUGAAGAUGGUCCCACUUCACUUGUUACCAACAAAAAUAAAGAAAACUCCAUAAAAGCAUUAGAGGUGGAAGGAACGGACAUUUCAAUCAAAGAUGGCGUGGCAAACAACUAUAAAUCCCAUCCACUGCAACAGGCUCAUUCCAAAGAAACUCAUACGAAAUUGGAGGAGCUCGAUGGUACAAGCAAGCCCGUGGGGACAGUAAACGAUGGAAUCAAACAAAACAGCUUGAACGCUCGAGGGUUGUGUUUAACACUGACCGAUCACGAUCGAAUUCGGCAGUUCAUUCAGGAAUUCACGUUUCGAGGAUUGCUGCCUCACAUUGAGAAGACGAUUCGACAGCUGAAUGAUCAGCUGAUUUCCAGAAAAGGCUUAAGUCGAUCUCUAUUCACCGCCACUAAGAAAUGGUUCAGUGGGAGCAAAGUGCCGGAGAAAAGCACGAAUGAACUGAAAAGCACCACCAGCUUAUUGUAUCCACUAGAAGCCCCUGAGCUGCAAAUAAGGAAAAUGGCUGACUUGUGUUUCUUGGUUCAGCAUUAUGAUUUAGCUUACAGUUGUUACCACACAGCAAAGAAAGAUUUCCUCAAUGAUCAAGCGAUGCUGUAUGCAGCAGGAGCACUGGAAAUGGCAGCAGCAUCAGUUUUUCUUCAGCCUGGAGCUCAGAGGCAGUACCCAGCCCAUUAUAUGGAGACAGCUAUUCAGACUUACAAGGACGUGUGCAAGAAUCUGGUCCUUGCAGAGAGAUGCGCUUUGCUGAGUGCUGAAAUUCUGAAAAGCCAAGUCAAAUAUUCAGAGGCUGCAACUCUGCUUAUUCGUAUGACGAGUGAGGAUUCUGACUUACGGAGUGCCCUUUUACUGGAGCAGGCCGCCCACUGUUUCAUCAACAUGCGAACACCUAUGGUGCGCAAGUUUGCUUUUCACAUGAUCCUGGCCGGACAUCGGUUUAGUAAAGCGGAUCAGCGGAAGCACGCCUUGCGGUGUUAUAGUCAAGCAAUGCAAGUUUACAAGGGAAAAGGCUGGAGCCUGGCGGAGGACCAUAUAAACUUUACCAUUGGUCGUCAGUCCUUCACACUACGGCAGUUAGAAAAUGCAGUGUCAGCCUUCAGGCACAUCCUGAUCAAUGACAGUAAGCAGACGGCUGCUCAACAAGCUGCUUUUCUUCGCGAGUACCUCUAUGUUUAUAAGAAUGUUAGUCUGCUUUCACCUGAUGCACCUUUGCCCCACCUUCCAUUACCCUACAUUAAGAGCUCAGCAACCCGAGUAUUUUUUGGACAUGAUCGAAAACCAUCAGAAGGAGAAAAACAAGCGGCCACCCAUGUCAGCCUGGACCAGGAAUAUGAGCGCGAAUCCUCCCAACAGUGGAAAGAGCUUGAGGAGCAGGUAGUUGCUGUGGUGAACAGAGGAACUCUGCCCUCGAGUUUCCAGCCAACUCAGUACUGUUUAAACAGCCAGACCGACCACUUGCGAUUUCCAGUUGUUGUCGUAGAAGAACCUAUCACAGUUGAAGUGGUGUUCAAAAACCCUCUGAAGGUCCCCCUUCUGUUGAACGAUCUGUCGCUGCUGUGGAAGUUUUAUUGCAGAGACUUUAAUAAAAAGCCAGAGGCAGUUUCAGGAGAACCAAUCAGCAAUGAAAAGGAUGUACAUUUAAAGGCAACUCUCGAUUAUAUUGGCGCAGAGGUUGCAAAUGAAUUUCAAGUAAAUGGGGAAGAGACGAAAGUAGCACGAUUAAAGCUGGUUCCUUACCAGACGGGAGAACUACACAUUCUUGGCGUUGUGUACAACCUUGGUAUUGUGCAGUCUGCUGCUACACAGGAUGGAAUAGACUCCAGUGCAGGGAUAGCAGCCACCAAUCUCCAUGCCACCAACAUCCACGCAGGAAAGUCAGGAAGCAAACAGCAAACCCUCCAACAGGGCAGCACAGUAGAUCAGCUGGAGUACCUCCAUGGGCUAAACUGGACAGAGGGUAAAUUAUCUCCUGCAAUAUCAGUACGAGGCCGACAAGACUUGGAAAUCCAGGGGCCGAGACUCAAUAGCACUAAAGAAGAAAAAACCUCUGUCAAAUAUGGACCUGAUCGACGUCUGGAUCCUAUCAUCACAGAGAUAAUGCCCUUGUUAGAGGUAUUCUUCCUUAAUUUCCCCACUGGACUGCUUUGUGGGGAAAUGAGAAAAGCUUACGUGGAAUUUGUGAAUGUAAGUAAAUGUCCGCUCACUGGAUUGAAGGUUGUUUGCAAAGACCCAGCUUUCUUUUCCUUCGGAAGUAAAGCAGCUGUGCUGACACCAUUAAGUCCAUCGGCCUCGGAAAACUGUAGCGCCUACAAGACUGUGGUGACUGACUGUGCGUGCAUGUCUUCUGCUCCGACCACAUCGGUUUCCCCUGCGGAUUUUGGCAUUGAUUCGAAGAAGCCACCUUGGGUGAUCGAUGUGCCACUACCUGACUCUGUUUUGUUACCCGGAGCUUCUGUGCAGCUCCCUAUGUGGUUGCGUGGACCAGAUGAAGAGGGAGUUCACGAAAUCAACUUCUUGUUUUACUAUGAAAGUACAAAACCUCAUUCAAAACUGAGCCACCGAGUGCUAAGGCACACAGCCAUCAUAUGUACAAGCCGCUCUUUAGGUGUCAGAGCAACAGCAUGCAGAAGUAAUGCCCUUGAGGCUGAAGGAGAGAGUAACGGUGAUAAUCUCCUGGUGUUUUUGGAUGUAGAAAAUAUCAAUACCAGUGAAGCUGGUGUAAAGGAAUUCUAUAUCAUUCAGGUAUCCAGUGGUAGCAAGCAUUGGAAGCUUCAGAAAUGCAUAAAUCCUGCCGAAGAUAAAGAUGGAAAGCUCAAUAGUAGAGAAAAGGCAAAGUUAAUCUUUAAAGCAACCAGAUGUCAAAAUUCAGAAGCUACUUCAUGUACAGGUGGAAAGUAUAUAUUUGCAGAUAUCGUUCUGGGAAACGAACAGAUUAUUAGUGCAACCACUCCUUGUGCAGAUUUCUUCUUUCAAACCUGUUGUGCCACUCGAUCUAAGAAGGUCUUGCCACAGCCAACUAUGGGACAUGGGAGACCAAAAAUUGGCGAUGCUAACAAAUCGGUCCAGAAGUGUAGUGAAGUGGAUCUCAAUAUUAUAGUGUUAUGGAAGGCAUAUGUGGUUGAGGACAACAAACAACUUAUUUUAGAAGGUCAACUUCAUGUUACUCUAGAAACCAUUGGAAAAGAAGCUUGUUCGUUACCUCCAGUGCAGGAAGCACAGGAAAUGGUUCUGUUGAAAUUCAUACGUCCCGAGCAGCCAGCUCUGCAUGUAAGACCGAGCAUGGAACAGCUCUCACACCUCAUUAAGAUCAGCCUCCACUACUCUGAAUCCUAUGAUCAUCCGUUUCAACAGAAAAGUUUGUGUUUGGUACCAGUUUCCCUCGUUCUUUUUAACUGCUGUCAGACUGAUGUGGAUGUUAUUAUUGAUGUACGGCACAAGACCACAAGUCCAGAGACGUUAGAUGUUCACGGUUCGUUCAUGUGGCUCGGACAGACCCAGUACAAGCUCCUGCUGAAGGGUCAGGAGGUGCACACAGUUCCACUGAAGGCCUGUUUUGUUCACGCUGGCGUCUACAAUCUGGGGACACCCCGAGUCUUUGCCAAACUGGUUGACCGGAAUGUACAGUGUGAGACUUGCCAGCAGACUUCAACACCAGCCCUCAUAAUCAUUAACAAUGUCUGACCUCCCGGCAAAUUAAUAACCUGCAUAUCCACUACCAAUUUCAGAAAGAAUCCUAAAUAUUGAUCAUUAAUUUUCUUUUGUAGCUAUUGUUGAAAUUUCCUUGCACUUGCGACAAAUUCAGAGCUAAUAUCACACAAUUGUAUAGAACAAAUAUGGGGAGGGGGGGGAGGGGAAGGGGGUAAAUGAAAGAACUAAACACAACUUAUUUUGUCUUUCGAAUAAAAGGCACUCUAGAUUCGGAUGUGCAUAUGUAAGAUUUUUGAAUAUAUUUAUCAUUUAUCUCUGCUUUAUUUCCUUUUUUAAAAAAAAUAAAAUCCAAGCAUUGAAUAUAGAUGUGCAAGUUGGACCAUCGUGAGGAAUGCAGUUUAAAACUGCCGUGAUCUCCUCCAACGCACUGUGUGAAUAUCUGUGGUUGUCUGAGCGGGUGUAGAGACUGUAAUCUUGCCGUUUUUUUCUCUUUACCCCGGUUUUAAUAUAUAAUUUAGGAACCCGGUUGUUAGUCGAUUGGCGAAUCGCUUCUCCAGGGGUAAUAAUCCUUUCAAAAGAAUAAUAAAAUAUAAAUAAUAAUUUGGCCACUCAAUCCACAACUCUUUGUGGGGACGCUGCUUUGCGCAAUUGGCGCCUGCGUUUCGCCCACAAAAUACACAGUCAAUCCACUUUACAGCAUAUUCUGUGAAGCGCUUUGAGACAUCCCAAAGAUGUGAUAAGGCGCUAUUUCAAAUGCAAGGAUUAGUAUUUAUCCAGCAUUAUUUGGUUACUAGUUUUGAUCAUAAGGUAAUCCAUUAACUCUGAUCACUUUAAAAGGCAAAUAUUUAGUUUGUACUGAUCGGGAGGGGGAGGAGAAGAGAGGAGUGAAACGGGAGAACAAGUUAUCCUGUUGACCUUAAACUUGGAGUCCUGU